AUGUCCCCGUUAUCCUGUAUCCUCGCUCAUUUCCAGGUGGCCAUGUCCCCGUUAUCCUGUAUCCUCACUCCUCUCCAGGUGGCCAUGUCCCCGUUAUCCUGUAUCAUCACUCCUCUCCAGGUGGCCAUGUCCCCGUUAUCCUGUAUCCUCACUCCUCUCCAGGUGGCCAUGUCCCCGUUAUCCUGUAUCCUCACUCCUCUCCAGGUGGCCAUGUCCCCGUUAGCUUGUAUCCUCACUCAUCUCCAGGUGGCCAUGUCCCCGUUAUCCUGUAUCCUCACUCCUCUCCGGGUGGCCAUGUCCCCGUUAGCUUGUAUCCUCACUCCUCUCCAGGUGGCCAUGUCCCCGUUAGCUUGUAUCCUCACUUCUCUCCGGGUGGUCAUGUCCCCGUUAUCCUGUAUCCUCACUCAUCUCUAG